UCUCAUUGUACAACCUUUCUUCAACUUCUUGUUCUCUUCCCACACUCUGUUCUCAGCCUCCUCCGCUCCCCUCCGCCUGUUCUCAGGAUCAUGAAGGUCGCCAGUGGCAGUGCCGCAGCCGCUGCAGGCCCUAGCUGUUCGCUGAAGGCGGGCAGGACAGCGGGCGAGGUGGUACUUGGUCUGUCGGAGCAAAGCGUGGCCAUCUCGCGCUGCGCUGGGACGCGCCUGCCCGCCUUGCUGGACGAGCAGCAGGUGAACGUCCUGCUCUACGACAUGAACGGCUGCUACUCACGCCUCAAGGAGCUGGUGCCCACCCUGCCCCAGAACCGCAAAGUGAGCAAGGUGGAGAUCCUGCAGCAUGUAAUCGACUACAUCAGGGACCUGCAGCUGGAGCUGAACUCGGAGUCUGAAGUCGGGACCACCGGAGGCCGGGGACUGCCUGUCCGCGCCCCGCUCAGCACCCUGAACGGCGAGAUCAGUGCCUUGGCGGCCGAGGUGAGGUCCGAGGCAGAGUAUUACAUUAUUCUUCAGUGGGAAACCGAGGCCACGGGAGGCGGGUGUCCCCCUUCCUUACUUUUCAGGCGCAUAGCUAUUUAGGGGCGACUAAUAGGAAAAAGCUCGCAUUUUCAUCGUGCCUCCUGGAGUAGAGAAAUGGGAACGCCUCUCCCCUCCUUGUCCUUUCCAGUGGGUCUCAUCCCUUAUCUCGCUCUGGUGUUCACAGGCGGCAUGUGUUCCAGCCGACGAUCGCAUCUUGUGUCGCUGAGGCGGCGCACUGAGGGACCAGAUGGACUCCAGCCCUUCAGGAGGCAAGAGGAAAAAAGUGCUCUCGGUUCCCCAGGGGAUCUCUGGGAAAGACACUACCGCAGCCACCGGACUCUUGGCGGAUCGGUCCAGUGGGUAGAGGGUUUGAUCAACAGAGCCUCACCCUCUCCACCUUUCAGCCUCCAGAGACUUUGGGGAGGGGGUUAAUCAACCCCGCGUGUUUCUGUUUUAUUGAAAAAGCAGACAUUUUUUUUUAAAUGGUCACAUUUCGUGCUUCUCGGAUUUCUGAGGAAAUAUUUUGUAUUGUAUAUUACAAUGAUCACUGGCUGAAAAUAUUGUUUUACAAUAGUUCUAUGGGGGUGAGUUUUUUGUUGUUAUUAAACAAACACUUUAGAUAA